ACUAUGCAACCAGAUUUUGUACUCUUCCGACAGGUUGCAAAUAGUGAAAAAGGCAAUUACACCAACACAGUUAUUGCGUUGCUGAAGGGCGAAUCCUGGAAAAUCUUGUUACAGAGCUCAAAACCUCGCUAUCCAGUGGUGUUGCGUGUUGGGCAUGGAAGCCAUGGUCUUGGAAAGGUGAAAAUUGACGACGAAAAUCAUCUUCUGGAAGUUGAAAAUAUGCUUCGCGCAGUUGGUCCUAUCGAGGUUCUCACCGAACCAUUUAUUGAAACCAAAUAUGACAUACACUUGCAGAAGAUUGGAUCUGAAACUAGAGCUUAUAUCCGGAAAGGCAUAUCAAAUGACUGGAAGAGUAAUGCCAGUUCCGCAAUGUUGGAAAAAAUUUCCCUUUCAAAUAGCUCGCAACGUGUGCCGCAACAAAUGAUGGCAGCUCGAGCAGGACAAGUCUCAGGUGGUCCGCCAGCACCCCCACCACGACCCUCGUCGACUAAUGUCUCCCGAUCCAGCACUGUAGACAGAAAUAUUUCAGGUAUGUGA